GCCAAACUCUAGUGUCACCUUGGCGGAACGCACUCAUACACAUAUACAAAUUUCUACUCUUCAUUCGUUUAACUCAAUUGGGAAGCCAGUUAAUAAUAAAGUUUUAAACAAAAAUUACUUCAUAAAAUUCACAGAUAAAUCAAUCAUUAUUCCAGUGUAAAAGGUUGAUACAAAAGUGCAAGUUAACAACAAAUUUUGUUGAAAUAAAAGGAAAAGUGUCGAAAAAUAUCGCAGACAUUUCAACGGUCUAUUUGGUAUACAGAAAUUAAGUGCUUGUAUGUGUUAAAAAGAAAUACCUAAAAACCGUUUUUCUAAUUUCAUUUAAAAAGUUGAAAAUAUCCAAGUUUUACUUAUUCUCGAAAAUCUGAAAGAAUUUAUAAAAAAUGACGUCCACUAAAGUUAAACAACGAUUUAUUGAACGUGGCUCCCACAAGGGAAAGGGCUUGGCCGUCUUCACCAGUGGUGGUGACUCCCAAGGUAUGAAUGCUGCUGUAAGAGCUUGUGUCCGGAUGGCCAUUUAUUUGGGUUGCAAGGCGUACUUUAUUCGUGAAGGCUACCAAGGAAUGGUAGAUGGCGGCGAUAAUAUCGUUGAAGCUAAUUGGUCUUCUGUGUCAUCCAUUAUUCAUCGUGGUGGUACCGUUAUUGGUUCAGCAAGAUGUACUGAUUUUCGUCAACGCGCUGGUCGUCUAAAGGCUGCCCACAAUCUUAUACAAAAAGGCAUUUCUAACUUGGUUGUAAUUGGUGGUGACGGUUCGUUGACUGGUGCAAAUUUAUUCCGCCAAGAGUGGUCAUCAUUGUUGGAUGAAUUGUUAAAGGAUGGAAAAAUUACUGAUGAACAAAGAAAAAAACAUGAUGUUUUGCACAUCGUGGGAAUGGUUGGCUCCAUUGAUAACGAUUUCUGUGGUACUGAUAUGACAAUUGGUACUGAUUCAGCUUUACAUCGAAUUAUAGAAGCUAUUGAUGCUAUUGUUAGUACAGCUUAUUCUCAUCAGCGUACAUUUAUUAUGGAAGUUAUGGGCAGACAUUGUGGUUAUUUAGCCCUUCAAGCCGGUAUGUCAUCCGGAUCUGACGCUAUAUUUAUACCCGAAGAUCCGGCUCCACAGGAUUGGAGUGAUAUUUUAUGUGAAAAGUUAUUACAGGAACGUAGUGCUGGCCAGCGUUUGAAUAUUAUUAUUGUAGCUGAAGGUGCUAUUGAUCGCGAUGGCAAUGCAAUUUCGGCUGAAGAUAUUAAAAAGGUAGUUGUAGAUAAGCUACAACAAGAUACUCGUAUUACUGUCUUGGGCCAUGUUCAACGUGGUGGUAACCCAAGUGCUUUUGAUCGUGUUUUGGGUUGUCGUAUGGGAGCUGAAGCUACAUUGGCUUUGAUGGAAGCUACAAAUGAAACUGUCCCCGUUGUAGUUUCACUGGAUGGUAAUCAAGCCGUCCGUGUUCCUUUGAUGGAGUGUGUUGAACGCACUCAAGCUGUUGCUAAAGCCAUGUCUGAGAAAAAUUGGGAAUUGGCUGUUAAAUUGCGUGGUCGUUCAUUUGAACGCAAUUUGGAAACCUACAAGAUGUUGACUCGCUUGAAACCACCUAAACAUGAGGGACAGGGAUAUCGUUUGGCCGUUAUGCAUAUUGGUGCACCGGCUUGCGGUAUGAAUGCUGCGGUACGUAGUUUUGUGCGUAAUUGCAUUUAUCGUGGUGAUGUCGUGUACGGCAUUCAUGAUGGCAUUGAAGGUCUAAUUGCUGGCAAUAUUAAAGAGAUGGGCUGGUCUGAUGUUACUGGUUGGGUAGGCCAAGGUGGUGCUUUCUUAGGUACUAAGCGUACACUGCCCGAGUGUAAAUUCAACGAAAUUGCUGGACGUCUCAAGGAAUUUAAAAUUCAAGGUCUUCUGAUUAUCGGUGGCUUUGAAGCUUACCAUGCUUGCGGUCAAAUUGCCGACCAACGCAAUAAUUAUCCUGAAUUUUGUAUACCAUUGGCUGUUAUACCAUCUACUAUUUCCAACAAUGUUCCUGGUACAGAAUUUUCGCUGGGUGCCGAUACCGGCCUUAAUGAAAUCACUGAGAUUUGCGAUCGCAUCCGUCAAUCGGCCCAAGGUACUAAGAGACGUGUUUUCGUCAUCGAAACUAUGGGUGGCUAUUGUGGGUACUUAGCCACGCUGGCCGGUUUGGCUGGUGGAGCAGAUGCCGCUUACAUAUUCGAAGAGAAGUUUUCAAUUAAAGAUUUACAACAAGACGUCUACCAUAUGGCUUCUAAAAUGGCUGAAGGUGUACAGCGUGGUUUGAUUUUACGCAAUGAAAAAGCUUCUGAUAACUAUAAUACUGAUUUUAUUUAUCGUUUGUACUCGGAGGAAGGCAAGGGCUUAUUCUCUUGCCGUAUGAAUAUUUUGGGCCAUAUGCAACAGGGCGGUUCUCCAACACCAUUUGAUCGUAAUAUGGGUACAAAAAUGGCUGCUAAAUGUGUGGAUUGGUUUUCGGAACAAUUCAAAAAUAACAAGCAAGCUGACGGUACCAUUAAAUGCACUGACAAGGAAUCUGCUGUUCUGUUGGGCAUUGUAAGGCGUCAGUACAGAUUCACUCCAUUGGCUGAUUUGAUUUCUGAAACCAAUUUCGAGCAACGUAUUCCUAAAAGCCAGUGGUGGUUAAAAUUACGUCCUUUGCUAAGAAUAUUGGCUAAGCACGAUUCGGCCUAUGAGGAGGAAGGUUUGUACAUUACCGUUGAAGAAGAAUGCUCCACCGAUGCUGUGGCUUAAGUGUAAAACUAUACAUUUUUAACAGCAGAGUCACUUUCAUUUAUAAGAUGAUUUUUAGCUAGCCAACCAGUGUUAAGUUCAAUAGAACUAAACUAAAUUGAAUAUUGCACAAAAUCAGAGCUUGAUAUUAAAAGCUAUAUUAUGUUAGUAAAAGCUAUUUAAUUUAUAGAUUUUUAUUUUACUUUUCGCACUACUUACUAUUCAUCAUUUCAUAUUCAUGAUAAUUUAUAAUUUUUUUGUUCACUUUUUAUUUAUGACUCUAUUAAACGAUUUUAUCAUCAAAA